AUGCCGUCCGACCUCGUAAUCCAAGACUCAGACGAGUCAGACGCUGAAUUGAGCGAUAUCGCUACAUCUAUUGACCCCCUUCAAGACAACAAAACCACCGCCAAGUCUGUCGUUAUCCUAAGGGAUUUUCUUCCCCCUGAUCAGCACGCACAAUAUCCCCGUAAUGGCGAUAAUGGUGAUAAUAAUCAGCUGGCAGAGGAAACCAUCAAUGGGAUAGGGAGCGGCGCUGAUCUUCACCUAAAUACCCACGGUGCGCCAAGCUUCGAUCCCACUAUCAGCGUCAACUUCGAUCAAUUCCUCACGUCACAAUCACAGGAUCAGACGGCUACAGGCUCCGUUUCGUUGUCCCAACAACGGAGGGAGAGGGCGUGGCUGGGGGAAGAGGACGGGGACGGUGCAUAUCCUAUGGUGAUGAAGUCCCCCAGGAAAAGUAUCUUGAAAAGGGGCAGGACGAUGGAUGCUGGUAAUACAGAGGUGGAUGAUAUUGUUGUAAGGGAAAAGAAUACUAAGAGGAGACGGACCAUGAGUGUGUCCGAGGCAUUUCAGGGCGCUGUGGUGAAACGUGUGGGCAUUGCUGGUUCGCGAGAGCAAGGUGAGGGUAGCUAUGGUGCCAGCGAGGAAUGGUCGACUGAGCGAAUGAUUGCCACAGAAUCCUGUCUAUCCCCAACAAAGGAAGAUGGAGGUGGCACUUGCGAAGAAGAUGUGCCGAUUGAAGAUCCGGUUACGCCUGAAAACCAUUCCUUUACAGCUGAAACCAUACCAGCGCCUCUAGCCACUGGAUCAGAAGCCCACUCUCAAAAACAACCGAUCGUGCGAUCAAAGUCCACGCAAGGAUUUGACGAUACUUCUUACGAUACUGAAUUAAUGUCUUCCGUAGCCCUCGCACGACCACACAGGACAAUGUCGUCAUCUUUCAUAAGCCAUCCGCCACAAUCAUCAACAGAAAGCGCUUGCGAUGAGCUUGCCCUACCUCCCGUCGUUCAAGUUGCGAUAACCAAUAUGAGACCGACAGCGAUGUCAGAGAAGAAGCAGUCAGUUGCAGAGUAUGCUGGGAUGGAGAGUGAUCAGGAUGAGUUGGACUGUAUCGAUUUUGGUGGUAUCCCGAAAGAACGCUACAAACCGCGGCCGAGUAGGUCGAGGAGUAAAGCCGUGAUUGAUUCUGGUAUGGGUGGAGACGGGAUAAGUGUUGGUGGCGAUCCUUACGUUGAAGUUAUGGUGCCGCGUGAGAAUUUCCCAGUCGCACAAUCAUGUCCAUCACGCGAAGCCAGAGACUCAAUUGUUGCAGAAACAACGAAAACUCCAGAAAGAUAUUCGUUAAAUGCCAUGACUCAGGAUGUCCCUCUGGAAGCAUCUAAACGACCACUCAAAUCAGCGAAGAAGAAGGUUAAGCGGGGAAAGACCACUUCAGCGAUGUUGAAGAGGGCUCUAGAAUCGGAUGUCGAAGAUGAUGUGAUAUGGAUGGAUGAGAAGCCAGCAAAUGUUACAUUCAAGCAUAAGGAGAACGAUUCAUUAUCAAAGAGUCGGAAAGCUGAACGCGGUGAGGAUAGCAAGGGAAAGCCCCUUGGCAACAAGAUCGAGAGUAUCCAGGAAGAAAUUCCUCCUGAAGAAAAAGUGGUGGACGACAAGGUCCAGCAGAUUCCGCUUGACCCUACUGCUGCUGUUGCUGCUGCUACUGCCACUGUGUCUGCGUCUGAGCCCAAAAAACGCGGUCGAAAGCGGAAGAAGACAUCAGACAGCCUAACUAUGGAGUCUCAACUACCCCUCGCGGAGACCGAACAAUCGACCUAUGGAAAGAAAUCCAUACCACCUCUUGCAGAGCAGGAUCAGAAUAUUCCUACGUUGAAAAAGGCCCAGGGGGAAAAAGACUCCAAACCGGAUACCACGACAGAUGCCGGCGCCGCAGAAGAAGCCGAUCAAGUAGGACAGCUUAACGAGCAAGAGCAAAUGAAACCGAUGACACCCGGCCCUACAUGUGCGCCUCAUUCCCCCUCCCCUCAGUCUCAAUUACAGCCACAGUCGCAAUCGUCAAUAACGACCCCAGCGCCCCAGCCAGCCAAAACACCCCAAAAGACCCCCAUGUCAGUACAAAGGGGCCCAGACAAACACAGUCCCAUCAUGAUAAACAAGAAGGCAUCAUACCGCGUCGGCCUGAGCCGCACAGCGAAGAUCGCACCGUUGCUGAAGGUGGUUAGAAAAUAG